GCCUGGUAUCUCCUCAGCUAUUUUUCCUUUACCGAGCUGAGAAAACUAUAAAGGUGAGCAGCUGGUUUGAGAUUAAAUGAAUUUACUGUGCAGAGCUGCACCAGUAGUUUAAAAUGAGCCUGACAGACAUUCUGAGCCCUUCUGAUAUUGCUGCUGCUCUGCGAGACUGCCAAGCUCCAGAUUCCUUUAGUCCCAAAAAAUUCUUUCAGAUCAGUGGGAUGUCUAAAAAGAGUAGCAGCCAGCUCAAGGAGAUCUUCCGGAUUCUCGACAAUGAUCAAAGUGGCUUUAUUGAGGAAGAUGAGCUCAAGUAUUUCCUUCAGAGAUUUGAGUGUGGAGCCAGAGUGUUAACCGCCUCAGAAACCAAGACCUUCUUGGCAACUGCGGAUCAUGAUGGGGAUGGUAAAAUUGGGGCUGAAGAAUUCCAGGAAAUGGUGCAGUCUUAGAGGUUCAAAAGGACCAACCGAGACAGAAUUGGGAUGAAUCUACACAAGACACUCCAAAACCUUGAAAAUCAGAAGUCCCUUAUUUAUCUUGACAGUGUCUGUUAUUUAUUCAUUGCCUUAACAACAUAAUGAAACACUGAUUAAUGUUUUAUUUUUCAUUGUGUGGACCAUUUACCACAUUCUAAACUCUACUUUAGCAGACACUUCCC